CGCCGCGUAUAGUAGGAUCAAACGGCAAUCACAGUUUCACCCUACAGAUGAUAUCAAAGUAUUAAACAGUAUAUCAAGAGCCUAUGAUACAGUGGAUAUUGCGCUGACUAUGACACACGGCCCUUGCGGCAUGACAACUUGCGAGAGCCGUGCCCGCCGCUUACGCUCUUGCCAUUCGGACCUGUCCUCGCUGCUCGCAGGCCAACUUACCACUUGACGACACGUCGCCGCGCCGUCCGCUACUGUUUAUGCUUGUUGCCCAACAAUGGGCUGCCGCGCUCUCUUCCACUGUUCACCCACCCGCAGAGGGACAAGCCAUCAUUCCCGUCGUUUGGGCAGCACAGGGCGAGCCCGUCCGCGUGCUGCAUGAGCAGCAGUGCAUGACGUACGAGUCGCGGACCGUCGUACUUGCCAACCUGCCCAAUGACCUGACAUUCCCGCUGCGGUCCCCACCAUUCUUAUCCGCCCCUCACACACAACCACUCACCCGGCGUCUGUCACUUUUCCUCUGUCCCUGCAUCAGUGCUGCACAACCUCUCACGAUCCGCUGCUGUCGUGUCGCAGCGACGAUGAAGAGCCACAUGACCUCAGUACGCCAGGUCAGAGCAUCUAUCAUGAGAUAGUCAGUGGCGGAGGGUCAGCUCAGCUUCAAACUACUUACUAUACCUGUACCAUAUCGCCAAAAAGGUUGCUCGUCAUCGUAAGCAGAGGAUGAGGGGGGGGGCGAGUUCAACAGC